AUGUCAGGAGAAUCAGCCCCUCAAGUCGAUGUAUAAAAGAUGUUAGCAUUCAGAACAGAAGAAUGCGUUGACACCUUCAACUCAAGAGACGCCAUUAUUUACUCUUUGAGUUUAGGUUAUAGCUCUGAUCCUAUGAAUGAAUCUGAUUUAAAGUACACUUUUGAAUUAAAUGAUGAAUUCAAGGCCUUCCCUACUUUCGCUUGUGUUCUUCCUAAGAUUGAUAUUUUCAAGGCUCUUACUAGCUGCCCUGGUCUUCCUAAUUUCAACCCCAUGAUGCUCCUACAUGGUGAAUAGCGUUUAGAAACUUAUAGACCUCUUGUCCCUGAUACUAAGUAUGUCACCCAAGCUAGAAUUGCAGAUGUUGCUGACAAGGUUAAGGGUAUGCUUUUAAGUUUCGAAUUAUUGAGUUACGAAGUUGACGAAAAUAAUAAGAAGCAUCUUGCCUUCAAGAACAUAAUGAACGUUUUUAUCAGAAAGCUUGGUGGAUUCGGUUUCAAGGGUAACAAUUCUACUCCUGUACUUCCUAAAAAGCCUACUAGAUAACCUGAUGCCACUCAUCUUGAAAAAACUACUCCUAACUAAGCCAUUCUCUAUAGAUUAAAUGGUGACUACAAUCCUCUCCAUAUUGAUCCCAGUAUGGCUGCUAUGGGUGGUUUUGAUAAACCCAUCUUACACGGUAUGUGCUUCUAUGGUUUAAUGACCAAGGCUGUUGUUGUUAAAUUCUUAGACAACGACUCUUCUAGAGUCAGCACUGCCUAAGCCAGAUUCACAUCUCAUGUCUUUCCUGGUGAAACUAUCGAAUUCUAACUCUGGAAAGAUGGCGAUAAGGUCUUUGUCAGUGGUGCUACUGUUGAAAGAAAGCUUGAAUGCAUUGUUGGUGUUGUUGAAUUAAAACCCGCUGCUAAGCUUUGA